AUGAACGACCGCCCUCCCCAGAAUGUCACUUCCCAUCCCGCCAGCAAAAUCACCAAGCAUGCGUCCAGGGCGAAACGCCGUCCCGGUCGGCCAUUUAAGAUAAAGAGAGACAUCUCGUUGAAAUAUGAGUCUUCAUCAUCUCAAAUUUCUUCUCCUACCUCCACUGCCAUCUCAAUCAUGGCGACACCACCACCCCGCGUCUUGUCGAAGCUCGAGUCCUUGCCCAAUGAGGUGAUCGAGAAAAUAUUUCUCUAUUCCCUUAACCCGAAUCUCCCACGUGCCUCGCCCUAUUUGGCUGCUGCAGUCACUAGCGAUAGAAUAUAUGGCCUCCUUAUCGCCCUCGCUUUCUGGUCUGAUUCGGCUGAAACCGAUUCUUACAGCUCGGAGAUCUCCCGCAUAUUGUCACCAAUGGACUAUACAGUCCCUCUUAAACGGCAUGAGCGCAGAGUCCUACAAAAAGCGAUAUUUGGGUGCAAAUGGUGUACAAUGGCCCGAGUGCGUGACCAGAUUCCUAAGAUGAUUAUCCUCGCCAUCUACCGCUUGUGGCUCGGCAGUGGCGUUGACAUGCAGCUGGAGGAAAGGGCCAACUUGCAAAAGUUCCUAGACCGUGAGCAAGACACGCAGCUUUCUUUCACCAACAGUGAUGGUACACUUGAAUUACACAUCAUCCCAAUGUCGUGUAUUGUAAUCCGUUCAAACCCGUUGAAUUUCAACCACCAUUACCCAGCCAUCGACUUGAUCGACUUUCCGGAAGAUCAGCUCCGAGGAAGCAGUACUGGAUUUACCGUGCACGACAUUGCGUACCUUGAGAUGCUACGCACUGCCUCAUACAAUUGGGUAUAUUCAGGGAAGAAAGAAUGGCGUUAUUCUCAAUCUGAAGAUCAUAGACAAACAAUGGUCAAUAGGACUGCCUUACACCAGGGAGUGUCCAACGCCAUUCGCACGCAGAAUCUUGAUGCCGUCUUCACCCUCCUGAGAAUCGACCAGUUUUGGUUCCAGUUUUACCCCCACACCCAAAGGGACCAUAUAUACCUAAUACCUAGAGACCACUUUAUCGCUGUCACCAAGUACGGCCUUGAUAAUCUAGCACGCAGCCGGAAAAUAUUUAUUGCCCUCUUCCGUGCCAGUGCCGAAUCCAUGCCGCCCAAGUCGCCAGAGAUUUCGCAAUGGAUCCGAGAUAACAACCGCCAGAUUUGUAUGGACAAUCCCACUUUAAAAGAUUGGCUUCAACUUGACUUCUUGGGAUUUGUGUCGGACUUCGCACUGCUGUUGCCGAAUCAUUUAGAGUGGAUGGAGCACCAUGUCGAUGCAACAUUGUUCUGGUUCGGCCAAUUAAACAACAAGCAUCUGGGUGAAACUUUUCCAGCUGAGAUUUUACCGGACAUUUCCCCGUACAAAAGUUACAUGGAAAUGACCUUGUUCAACACUAGUGGCCUUUGGGUCAAUAAGCCCUGA